UGCCAGAGUGACGUCAUUUUCUUGUGAAACUUCGCAGUUUUCCGUGCUUGGAAGAAAAUUUAAAAGCCAAAUUUCACCAUGAGGAAGCGCGUCAGCGUGAAAAAUCUCAAUGUACCCGUAAAUCCGAGUGAUUUACUUUCAUAUGGGGAAUCACAUCAAGACAUUAUGUACAGAAUUCAGAAAUCUCUCUACUACGGAGGCUUCCAGAUGCUUCCGGAAUUGGAGAAUAUUAGUGCUCCCCUGUGCGACCUGACGGCGGGAAUUUUCUCAAAUUGCCACCGUGGCUACUCACUGCAGCGCCUCAAUGCUGUUACCAUUGGGCGCGUGCACUCAUCCCCCUUUCCCCUGAUCAUGAGCCUCGUCUACUUGGACUUGCUGCAGGAUUUGGAUCCAACAUUCGUCCAGAGCGUCACACCGACGGAACUCUUUGUGUGCGUCAUGUUGGUCGCAACGAAAUUCUACUGUGGCUACGAUGAAGAAAUCUGCCUGGGGCAAUGGGCAAAGUAUGCCAAAGUUACAGUUGAGCGCCUCAAGAAGAUUGAAUUGGAACUCCUGAAGGCACUCGAUUGGAAGAUUUACAUUUCCCACGACACCUUCUUCCGUAAACUCUGCAUGAUUGAGAAUCUCCUGGCGCAGCAGCAGGCAAUGCGCCGUGGUUGGUUCACCUACACCGAAAUCACCCGACUGAUGCCACAUGAUCUACAACUCUUCACGGAAAUCAUAAGUCUGAGCUCAAUCCUUGCGCUGUGCUACAUUGUUGCCCUUGCGGCUGCAGCUAGUGCCUUCCUCAUUGUCCAUCACAUUCCCGGAACUAUCUUUUAUCAUCAUCCUGGGAUUACGGAAACUCUCACUACGUCUACACAUCAUUGUCUCCCCGUACUGGAUUUUAUUGCAACACGAUGCAUCCCAUGUGAUCAAGCUGUUGUGGAUAGAGCGGCCUAUUCCUUCUUCCUGCAUGAAAGUUAGAUGUUUCCGCGCAAGGAGCUACUACUCACACUGUAGUUACACAACACACACUCGAGGCUCAAGAUUUAGUUAAAGGAGCAUCAAACGACGAUUAUUAUUAUUUAACAUUUAAUGUUAAUCACACGAAAUGUAACAUUUUAAAAGCAAAAUGAGUUGAUUCUUUAA